CAUGGUUCCAGCGUUUUUGUUACACAGAGUCGGAGAUGACCAUCCUGAAACUCUCAAGAACUCACCAUUGGACCUGUCACCAAUUGCCAUUUCGAUUUCCGUCUCCUCCCCAGUUACUCCUGUUCGUCUCCUUCUCCUCCUGGUACUCCCCACCCUCUCCGCUCCUUCAACAACGUGAAGAAGAUCCUACACUCAUCGCUCUCUCUGAAGCCAUCAAGGACUUACCAUCAAAGCCUCUCGAAAGCACUCUCAGGAAGCUCAUUCCUUCUCUCACUGCCCGUCACGUUAUCGACGUCAUCAACCUCAACCCGCUCUCUCUCCCCCCUCCCUCUCUCAUCUCUUUCUUCCACUGGAUCUCUUCUCAGCACAGCUUCCGCCUAACAGUACAAUCCUACUGUACUAUGGCCCAUUUCCUCUGCGCUCAUGGAAUGAUCCAGGAAGCAGAAUCCCUCCUUCAGUUUGUUGUCUCUCGAAAAGGGAAGGACUCUGCUUUGUCGCUCUUCACCACAAUUCUGGAAACUAAAGGUACCCGUCAAUUAGAUGUUAUCUUUAAUGCUUUGAUGAAUGCUUAUAUGUAUUGGGGUCUUAUUUCCGAUGCGAUCCAGUGUUUUCGUUUGGUUAGGAAGCAUAAGUUUCCAAUCCCAGUUCAAUCUUGCGGGCACCUUAUUGACCGGUUGAUGAAGUUGGACUCACUUGCAUCAGCUUGGGCAUUUUAUUCGGAGAUUAUGGAUUUUGGAUAUCCUCCUAGUGUGUUUAAGCUGAACAUUUUCAUGCAUAAAUUCUGCAAAGAAGGUAAAAUUAAGGAAGCUGAGUUGAUCCUUGAUGAAAUUAGGAAGAGGGGUUUGCGGCCAACCAUUGUUAGUUUUAAUACCUUGAUUAAUGGAUACUGUAAAUCAGGAAAUUUAGAGGAGGGAUUUCAGUUGAGGAAAGUCAUGGAUGAAAAUGGAAUUUCUGCUGAUGUUUUCUCUUAUAGUGUUUUAAUUAAUGGAUUGUGCAAGGAGGGUAGGUUGGAAGAUGCAAAUUGGUUGUUUGAUGAGAUGUGUAAGAAAGGAUUGGUACCGAAUGAUGUUAUCUUUACAACACUGAUUAAUGGACACUGCAAAAAUGGGAGGGUUGGUCUGGCUAUGGAAGUUUACCAGAAAAUGCUAAGGAAAUGCAUCAAUCCUGAUUUAGUCACUUAUAACACACUCAUCAAUGGCCUUUGCAAGAGCGGAGACUUAAUGGAAGCGAAGAGGCUUGUUGAUGAGAUGACUGGGAGGGGUUUAAAACCUGACAAGAUCACUUACACUACACUUAUUGAUGGUUGUUGCAAGGAGGGCAAUUUAGAUUCAGCUUUGGAGAUUAAGAACAAAAUGGUUAAAGAAGGGAUAGAACUUGAUGAGGUCGCUUUCACAGCCCUUACUUCAGGGAUUUGUAAAGGGGGGAGAGUUACUGAAGCAGAAAGAAUGUUGAGAGACAUGUUGGGAAAAGCUAUGAAACCAGAUGAUGCCUUGUAUACCAUGGUCAUUGAUGGUUUUUGUAAAAAUGGUGAUGUUAAGAUGGGCUUUAAGUUGCUUAAGGAGAUGCAGAUUAAUGGCCGGGUACCUGGUGUUGCUACAUAUAAUGCACUUAUGAAUGGGCUGUGCAAGAAAGGGCAGAUGAGAAAUGCUGAUAUGCUCUUACAUGCAAUGCUUAAUGUAGGAGUGGUUCCAGAUGACAUUACUUACAAUAUUCUACUAGAAGGGCAUUGCAAGCGUGGAAGCCCAUUGUAUUUGGAUAAACUACGAGCUGAGAAAGGGCUUGUGUCCAAUUAUGCUUCUUAUUCUUUGCUAGUCAAUGAAAUCAUCAAAAGUUCAAAAGAUCACCAAAAACUGUGAUUAUUAUGUGGUUAAAAAGGCUUUAUGUUUUAAAUUGAUUCGUUCAGUGCAUGAAUGAAACAGAAUUUGUGAUGGUCAAGAGGGAGCAAUCUAUCCACUCACGAUAACCUUACAGCUAAUUUGGACUUGAUUAAACAUUCUAGCUUUUCUUGAUAUUUUGUGAUAUUAAGCUUCUUUCUGGUUAUUCUGAAUAUUUUAUCCAGUUUUGUCGUAGCAACUUUUUGGAAGAAGCUUUUUUUGGCUGACUGUCUUGAAUUUGGGGAUGCGGGAUUUCCUUUGGUACACUAGGCUGGAUUUUGUUGAUUUCAUAUUCAAAAGCAGUUGACAUUUUUAUAUUCAAGUAGGAAUAUGUGGGAAGCUUUAAUUUUUUGAUGACAAAUAUGGGAGGUUCUUAGUAUGCUUAUUGGUGCACAUUUCAUUUUCUUUCUUUAAAAUGUAUAAGGAUGACUCUAAUAGUGGGCUGGCUUUUUGCGAGGAAGAUAACCUCAAGUAGUGGAGAAGAUAAAUUAUGCAAUGCUCAAUGCUCACUCUUUCAAUUUGAAAAGAAUUAGAAUUACCAAUUCACUUGGUAGGUAUAUUAAUUUCAUCAGUAUCCCACAGUUUGACUUAUGACACUGGUCUGACAGAACAGAAUAUAAGGUGCCAUAAGAGUAGCCAAAAUUGGAGGUCUAUGAUGAAGUUUAAAAGUAUAGCCACAUUUCUUGUAUCUGCUGCAUACAGGAUGGCAAUUUUUUCUCUGUGAAGUGGGCAUAUCUUGGUGAGAAAGAAGAAGAAAAAAAGUAUUGAACUUGGUUCAUUUUAUCAUCUUGCAAUUGAACUCAAAAAAUCCACACAUGCUGCGGUCUCUGUAUAUCGUUGCUGCAUCAGUUAUUCAGAUUUGUUUGCUACUGAUGAUCUAGGUUCUAGACUCAAUGAUAUGGCAUGAUCUUUUGCCUUGUUGCUGUCAGUGGUGUUGCAGAAGCUUCUCAUCUUAAUGCAGGAGCAGUUAAUGGUAAAACUCACAGGUGCAUUGAGUCUUUUUCAUCUGAAUGCACAGCACCAAGAUAUCAGAUUAUCCAUUUAAUCUCAUUUGAAAGAGCAGAUUUGGAUCUUGGCAGGUGGGCUCAUCUCCUGCACAAGUAUUUGAAUGCCUUGAUGGCUGUGAGUUUAAAAUGGCUGAGAGACUACAUUGCUCUGAAUCAUCAAGAUGAUUGCAAUGGUUAGAGUUUGCACAUUGGAGAGUAAUUAUUUUUUAGAUAUUUCAUUUCAGAAGCUGAUUUCUUUGAUCCAUUGUCAACUAGCUUACAAUUGAUUCCCAAGCAAGGUUAAUUUCAAGGUCAGAGCAUUUGUAGUAAAGCUGCUGUUCAAUCCACACCUGACUUUAAAUGGAAAGAAAAACUCCUAUGCAAGAUCUUGCUCAUGCAAAUCAGUUCCUAUUUCUUUCUGUGCAUGAACAUGGUAUCCCCACUGUUGAUUUGUGCUUGAACUCUGUUAACAGGGAACAAGUUCUCUCUCUCUCUCGAUCAAAGAACUCUAAUGUCACUUGCCUCUUGUUGCUGCAAAUCAGAGAUUUUGUAGUUAAGCUGCUGCUCAAUCGAUAUUGCAAGCUUUAUCUGACUCAAAACAGAAAUAUAGAAUGGCAGAAAAGAACACAAGGCAUUGUCAAAAUUCUGCCACUGCCUGAAUCCAAUCAUGCCAAGUGGGUAGUAGAAUUUUGAAGAUGAUUUUUUUUUUUGAUUUCAUGAUCUCUUCAUAUUUGAUUUAUAAUAACCGCCAGUCAAGAUCUGAUUUAUAGUUGAAUGGUCGGUGAAGAUUUGAUCUCAAGUUUCCAAUGUGAGCAUUAGAAAAUAUAAUAAGUUGAGUUU